AUGCCUCACCCCAACUCCAACCGCCACAGCUCCUUCCAAUCCAAAGUCGGAAACCGUAGCAUCUACGAGGACGGCGACCAGCGCCAUGAGCCUAGGUCUGUCAUCAAGGAGCGUGAGAGAUAUGAGCAGGGUGAAAAAGGUAGCCACAAGAACAUUGAUUCCAAGGACCAGCGCUCCAUUGCAAACAAACUCGCUGCCCAGGAGCACGGUAGCUCAUCGCACCACCACCACCUUCACCCCGAUAACCAGUUCGAGGCUGAGCUCAGCAAGCAGGAUCCGUUGAAGCCUGCUCUGCUUCACGGAAACAAGCCAUCAAAGGGGGCCAAGAUCGACAAGGAGCUUCAAGAGGACGACGAGCGGAGACUACGGGAGAAGGGAAUCAAGAAAUAG